AUGGCCCAACAAGGGUCAUCCAGACCAUUUCGCGCCAUUGCGCCACGAACGCUUCCAGAUCCUCUGCCGCCGCCUGCUCAUCCGGGAGAUACCACCGGGCCUCCCUGCGCCGAAUGUGCGCUCCAUGGACGUGCGUGUGUUAUCGAUGAAUCUGCAGACAAGCGGCGUAAGGUCGCGGCCCGACGUGCCCAAGAGGAAUUGCGAUAUUAUCGUGGGUUUGUCGAGCAGCUGCUGAAGGCGAUUCGGCAAGGCGAGAGGACGGAUGUGGAAGCAAUUGUUGCCGUCAUUCGGUCGGGCGCAUCUCACAACGACAUCCGUGCCGUUGUUCGAGAGUUCCUGACGAGGAACGCGAAAGGGGAGGCAGAUAUGCCGGACGGCGUGGGGCAGGGAACAGAGACCGACGAUACAUCGAAAGACUGGACUCCGGAAAGCUGGUCGUAA